GGCGGGACCUGGCCCCUCCGGGGCGGCCGGAGGAGGGCCGACAUGCCCCGGGCCGGGCCCUGGGCCCUCCUGCUCCUGUACCUGCUGCCGUCCGCUGAAGGGAGGCCCCAUCUGGCCCCUCCCCAGAACGUGACCCUGCUCUCCCGGAACUUCGGUGUGUACCUCACUUGGCUCCCAGGGCCCGGCAACCCCCAGAACGUGACCUAUCGUGUGGCCUAUCAGAGCUUUCUCGCAGCCCCUGAACGGUGGCGAAAAGUGGCAAAGUGCGCAAGAACCAAGGAGCUGACGUGUUCUCUGAUGUGCCUGGAGAAGCAGGACCUGUUCAACAAGUUCAAGGGCCGUGUGCGGGCGGUCUCUCCCAACGCCAAGUCCCCCUGGGUGGAGUCCAAGUACCUGGAGUACCUUUUUGAAGUGGAGCCAGCCCCACCCGUCCUGGCCGUCACUCAGACAGAGGAGGUCCUGAAGGUCAAUGCUACCUACCAGCUGCCCCCCUGCAUGCCCCCGUCGGAUCUGAAGUAUGAGGUGGAUUUCUGGAAGGAGGGGACUGGGAACAAGACCCGAUUUCCAGCCACUCCCCACGGCCAGCCAGUCCAGAUCCCCCUCCAGGCGGAUGCCAGUGGAUACCACUGCCUCAGCGCCAGAACCAUCUACACCUGCGGGGACCCUAAAUACAGCGAGUUCUCCAAGCCCACCUGCUUCUCCCUGGGGACCCCAGGUGGGUGCAACGUGGUACAGCCUCGAGGACUUUCCCUGAGCACCAGGAUCUUCAUCAUGUGGUUGGUUAUCGCCACGGGCUGUGUGAUCUGGAGGAGCUUCAGAGGGAACCCCUGGUUUCAGCGGGCAAAGAUGCCACAGGCUCUGGACUUUUCUGGACACAGAUACCCCGUGGCAACCUUUCAGCCCAGUGGCCCAGAGUCCCUGGAGGACUUGACCCUCUGUCCCCAAAAGGAACUGACCAGAAGGGUAAGACUGACCCCUAGAAUCAGGGCCCCAGCCAGCAUUCAGGCUGAAUCAGAGGACGACGAGGAGGAGGACGUCGACGCAGACGACAGUGUCACCGUCCAGCCCUACAUUGUGCCCCGCGGUUUCCCGGAGCAGGAGCCCCAGACCCCGGGGCACUCAGAGGCAGGGGUCCAGACCGAAGGCUGUCCUGCUUGCGAUUCUUCAGACGGAAGCUGGGCCAGCACUGGCGGCUCCUCCCUCCUGGAGGAGGCUGGGUCCUCUGGCUAUUUGGCCAAGAAGGGGCCAGGCCGUGGGCUGGGUAGGAGCCGGUGUCCGGAGCCUCUCCCAGGCCCCGAAUUCUCCAAGGACCUGGGUUCCCUGGAAGAGCUCCGGAGAAACAGCAUCUCCUGGGCCAGCUGGGGCUCCUCCUCACCGAGGCCGGAUCUGGUCCCCGGGGAGCCUCUAGUUUCUCUCCGGACACUGACCGUCGCCUGGGACAGCAAUGCCGAGGAGGAGGAGGAGGAGGAGGAAGAGGAAGAGGAGGGGGAAGAGGAUGGAGAGGAAUCAGAAAUUGAGGACAGUGGUGCUGGGAGCUGGGGGGCCGACAGCCUCCAGAAGACCGGAGCCAGGAGUAGGACGCUGGGGCAUUACAUGGCCAGGUGAGCUGUCCCCGGGCUUCCUGCCGAAUCCGGUGCUACUGAGCUUCCCAGGGGCCCAAGACGCCACAGAGACUUGAGGCUUGGGAGCAUGGUCCUGGGGCAGCCAUUGUUCUUGCAGCGCUUCCAGAACCCCAGCUAGAGGCUGUCAGUUGGCUUGAGCAAUAAGAAGCCCCCCAUCUGUGGCCCACCUGCCCGGGGCUGAGCUACAAGAGGACUAGAGAAAAGGAUGGGCUCAGGUCAGGUCACCCCGCUGUCCCUGGACAACACGAAACAGGUGAGACCAGGUCACUGGCAUCAAGGGCCGACACCACCAGGGCCAUCUGGGCUCGGGAGAGGACAUUCAGAGGCUCAGCUGUGUCAGAGCCUCCUGCCUUCCUCUGGCGCCUUCCUCUCCGAGGCUCGGCCUCCUGACUCAUGAGUCCCCCCUGGGGCGGGCCCCCAAGAGGAAAAAUCUAGUUAGCAGAGGGUGUUGGGGGGAAGGGAAAAGGCAGCCAUCAUUCACAUCCCAGGCUCCAGCCAUGGAGAAUGCUCUAGGCUUACCGUCAGGCAGACCAGGGUCCAAAUCCUGGUUCUGCCACUUCCUGGUUGUGUGACCUUGAGUAAGCCGCUCUCCUUCUCCUGGAUU